AUGCCCUUACCCAGACUCGAAAAGCCCAUCAUGUCGUCCAUCACGAAUCAGAAGCCUCCUCCCGCAAUCGAGAGCCCUCUACCACCACUCCAUCACGAGAAACGCAAAAGAAUCUUCAGCCUGUCCCGACGGUCUUCCACGAGGAAGAGCUUGAGCAGUAUGCCAGGGGAAAUCGUCGACAUCCCGGAGCCGCCUCGCGUGCCCGUCCUGGGACACGUGACGGAGAUCGACCAGGAAUACCCCCUGGGGUCGUUUUUGCACCUCGCCAACAAGUAUGGCCCCGUCUACCGGCUGGAUCUUCUUGGCACCAAGAUGGUGGUUGUCAGCACCCAGAAGAUGGUGGACGAGUGCUGCGACGACAAACGGUUCAAGAAGUCCAUCGACGGCGAACUCAAUGAACUACGCGCUGCAGUUCACGAUGGCCUCUUUACAUCCAAAGGCGUGGAAGAAGAGAACUGGGGCGUGGCCCACCGAGUCCUCAUGUCGGCUUUCGGCCCCCUCGCCAUCAGGGACAUGUUCGACCCCAUGCACGACGUGGCCGGGCAGCUCGCGAUGAAAUGGGCCCGCCACGGGCCGUCGACGCCCAUCAACAUCGGCGAGGACAUGACGCGGCUCACGAUGGACACGGUGGCGCUCUGCACCAUGGGCUACCGCUUCAACUCGUACUACCGCGAGGACACGCACCCCUUCAUCAAGGCCAUGUACGCCGUCAUGAAGGAGGCCGGCGACAAGACGCUGCGCGUGCUCCCCCAGGUCUUCUACUCGAAGCAGGACAAGCGGUACAGGACCAACAUCGACACGCUGCGGUCGACGGCGCGCGAGGUCCUCGAGGCCAGGCGGCUGGACCCGGACGGCGCCAGCACGCGCAAGGACGUCCUGACGGCCAUGCUCAACACCGUCGACCCCGUCACCGGCCGCAAGAUGACGGACGAGAGCAUCAUCGACAACCUCAUCACCUUCCUCGUCGCCGGCCACGAGACCACGGCCGCCACCUUCACCUUCACCAUGUACUGGCUGCUCAAGAGACCCGAGGUGUACCGGAAGGUCCAGGAAGAAGUCGAUACCAUCGUGAGCGACGGGCCUCUCCGGGUGGAGCACGUCCCCAAGCUGAAGUAUCUGGCUGCGGUAUUACGAGAAGUCCUCCGUCACAGCGCCCCGAUCCCGGCCUUCGCCCGCGAGGUCCAAGGGAACGAGGCGGUCAUCGGCGGCAAGUACCGCGUCAAGGCCGGGGAGCAGAUCGUCUGCUUCCUGGCCAAGUCGCACCUCGACCCGGCCGUGUUCGGCGACGACGCCGAGGAGUUCCGGCCCGAGCGGAUGCUCGACGACAACUUCGACCGGCUGAUGCGCGAGUUCCCCAACUGCUGGAGCCCCUUCGGCACGGGCAUGCGCGGCUGCAUCGGCCGCGCCUUCGCCUGGCAGGAGAUGGUGCUCGCCUUUGCGCUGCUGAUGCAGAACUUCAACUUCGUCAUGAACAACCCGGGCUACGACCUCAAGGUCUCCCAGACGCUCACCAUCAAGCCCAAGGACCUGUACAUCCGCGCCAUCCUGAGGGAGGGGCUGACGCCGUCUCUGCUCGAGGCCCGGAUGACGGGCUCCCUCGUCGGAGGAGGCCCGGCAGCGGCGGCGGCGGCGGCCCAGCACAGCACGAACACCAAGGGCAAGGCGGCCAACGGCGGAUCCGGGCAGGUGAACGGAAGCAAAAAGGGCGCCAACCUGGCCGUCUUCUACGGUUCCAACUCGGGCACCUGCGAGUUCAUGGCCCAGAGACUAGCCAGCGACGCCGUCUCGCACGGCUUCUCCGCCACCGUCGACUCCCUCGACGCCGCCAGAGAGUCUCUGCCGACCGACCGGCCGGUUGUCAUCGUCACCUCGUCGUACGAGGGCGAGCCGCCUCACAAUGCCGCGCUCUUUGUCGACUGGUUAACUAAUCUGAAAGGAAAGGAACUCGAGAACGUUUCCUACGCUGUAUACGGUUGUGGCCAUGCCGACUGGGUCAAGACUCAUCAACGGAUCCCCAAGCUGGUCGACGUCUCCCUCGAGGAACACGGCGGCCGCAGAAUCACCCCGAUCGCCACGACCGACGCCAAGGACAGAGACAUGUUCUCCGACUUUGAGACCUGGGAAGAGGAGACCCUAUGGCCCGCGCUCAAGAAGGACUUUGGCGGCCGGCCGGCCGGAGAUGGAGACGGAGACGACGCCGGCAGCAUCCCCGACGCGGGCCUCUCCGUGUCCUUCUCGACGCCGCGGACCUCGACCCUGCGCCAGGACGUCCGGGACGCGCUCGUCGUCGGCUCCCGCAUACUCGCCGGCGGCGGCGCCCUGGGCCCCGUCAAGAGGCACAUCGAUGUGCAGCUCCCGUCCGACAUGCGCUACUCGGCCGGCGACUACAUGGCCGUCCUGCCGCACAACCCCAAGGACACCGUCGCCCGGGUCAUGCGGCGCUUCCACCUGACCUGGGACUCGCACGUCACCAUCGAGGCGUCCGGUCCGACGACGUUGCCGACCGACACCAGCAUCCCCGUCUCUGACGUGCUGAGCUCCUACGUCGAGCUCUGCCAGACGGCUUCCAAGAGGCUUUCCCGGGACGAAAGCAUCAUCCGCAAGCUGCAGCACUUGGCAUCUGACGGUUACGACGCCGAGAUCAGGGACAAGAGGCUCUCGGUUCUGGAUAUCGCCGAGCAGUUCCCCUGCCUGGCGAUCCCGUUCAACCACUUCCUCCUCAUGCUCCCGCCCAUGCGUGUUCGCCAAUACUCGAUAUCCUCCUCGCCCCUCGUCGACCCGGGCGUCGCCACCCUCACCUACGGCGUCCUCGACGCUCCGGCCUUGUCCGGCCAGGGCCGCCACAUCGGCGUCACCUCGUCCUACCUCUCGAGCCUCACGGCCGGCGACCGGCUCCAGAUCUCGAUCCGCCCCGCGCAGGGCGGCUUCAAGCUGCCCGUCGACAUGGACAAGACGCCCCUCCUCUGCGCCGCGACCGGCACGGGCCUGGCGCCCUUCCGCGCCUUCAUCCAGGAGCGCGCGACGCUCCUCAGCAACGGCCGGCGGCUCGCGCCCGCGGUCCUCUUCUUCGGGUGCCGCCACCCUACCGCCGACGACCUGUACCGCGACGAGUUCGACGCGUGGGAGGCCGCCGGCGCCGUCACGGUGUACAGGGCCUACAGCCGCCGGCCGGACGCCUCGCGCGGCUGCAAGUACAUCCAGGACCGCGUCUGGGCGGAGCGCGAGCUGCUGUACGACCUCUGGGACCGCGGCGCGCGCAUCUACGUCUGCGGCUCCAACAAGGUGGCCGAGGGCGUCAAGGAGGUCAUGCUCAGGGCCGCCAGGGAGAAGAGCGAGAUCGACGACGGGAAGCCCAUGUCCGAGGAGGAGCUGGAGGCGUGGUUCAACGGCAUCCGGAACGAGCGGUAUGCCACCGAUGUGUUUGACUAG